GUGGACCACGUGGGGACGGGGACAUCCCGGGGGCGGAUCCGCGGCCCCGAUCCUGCCCCGGGGGCCGAACCGGGCUGGCCCCUCCUCCGGCACGGCCUCCCGCGGGGCGGCGGGCCCCGAGCGCAGAGCGGCGGCGGCGGGGCCAGCUCGGUGCCCGCUCCGCCGGGCCAUGGCCAGCAGCGGCUCCACGCCCGGGGGCCCGGGCCCGGGCCCGGGCUCGGGCACGGCGUUACCCACACGUUUGCAGGAGACCGAGAAGCUACUGUCGGCGACCGACGGUCGGGAGGAGAAGGGCCUCCGCGGUUCCAAAUCCUUCACGGCGGCUUUGCCCGGCGAGACGGAGCGCAACGGGCACGGGCUCGCCUACAAGUCGGUGUCGGUCGGGCACCUGGAAGUGGCCCCGCUCUCGCCAUCCCGCCUCAGCCUGGGCAGAGCCUCCUCCACGGCCACCAGCACGGUGGCACCGGACCAGGGCCGCCCCCGGGACUACCUGGUGCUCGCCAUCUUCUCCUGCUUCUGCCCCGUCUGGCCCAUCAACAUCGUGGCCCUUGUCUUCUCCAUCAUGUCCAGGAACAGCGGGCAGCAAGGAGACGUAGACGGAGCCCGGCGACUCGGCCGCAUGGCCAGGCUGCUCAGCAUCGUCUCCAUUGUCUUGGGGACCAUCAUCAUCGUGCUCUACAUCUCACUCAGCCUGAGAGGGUCCUAGAAGCCGUUCUAGCAUGCGAAUACCUCGAAGAGGAGGAAGACAACUUUCCUUUUGGGGGUUUUUACUUUCAGCCUUGCAACAAAAAGUCGUCACAGCGUAGGUGGGCAGCCCUAGACAGCCUGCUCUGGAGCCACCGUCGGGAGGAACCGCAUGCUUCUACUUCACCGCCUCUUGGAAACGAGCUUGUGCCAGUGAUGGGAUAAGGGGAAACAAAACACCAACAUCACCAGAAGGAAUGGGAAUGGGGAUGAGCGUCGGACGCCCAGCGGAGAGGAGAAGGGGGAAAUCCACUACCUCAUUCCCCUCCAGCAAAACUCACGGAGUGGGGAGACAACUAAAGUACAAGAGGAGAGAGUUUCAAGAAGGAAGCGUAUUUUCAAAGGAAAAUUAAUUAAUUCGUUAAUUAAGGCGAGAAUGAGACAUUCUGAGGAGUCCUCCUAAGAAUCGUGGCACGAGUCACUGAAUAUCUUUUUUUU